AUGAUCUUUGGCCCGCCGAACCAUGUAAAUCCUCUUGGGAAAGGUCUACGAGCGUUUUCUGCCGUUCCAGCACACGAGAAGAUAUUCAAAGUCACGAAUGCGGCCAAGUUCCUUGCUGCUGCUGGCACCACGUAUUCCAUACCCAAACUGCAUGGCCUACCGGAGGUCAUCGUCGCAGGACGUGCAAAUGUCGGGAAAUCGACUUUGCUUAAUGCCGUCCUUGGACGCCGAGACCUCGUUCACACCAGCAGUAAACCGGGCCGUACACAAUCAUUGAACUUCUAUCGAGUUGGGCCCACGUUCGGACCGGGGAAGCUUGUGGUUGUCGAUGCCCCUGGAUACGGCGCCCGCGGAAGGCCUGAGUGGGGCGAAAUCUUCGACUACUAUAUCGAUCACAGGGAGCAGCUACGGCGUAUAUAUAUCCUUCUCAACGCCAAGCACGGUCUCAACGAGAUGGACCGAAUGAUGCUUGAGUCUCUCAACGCGAAGACGCAUGCAAAUGCAGGCACUCGUUUUUCCCUGCAAGCAAUCGUCACGAAGGUGGAUGCUAUCCCCUUGGAAGACGUCAAACCGACGCUUGCGAAGAUACGGCAGGGCAUAUGGGAGGCGGCCCCCUUGUGCUUACCGGCUAUAGUAACCACUGCAGCUAAACAUCCCUACAUUGGGAUCGAUGCUGUUAGAAAAUCCAUUGUCGAAGCUUGUGGGCUACAGCCGAAAGUAUAGAACGCGU